AUGAACACUUUAUCUCCUUUGCAAUACUUGUUAAUCUUUGUCUCUCUCAUUAUCACUAACCCAUAUUUUCUUCAUGGAUUCCAAGCCAAAAGUGUCAUUGACUCCCCACUUUUAACUAAGAAAAUUGGAACCAAUUCCAUUCUUGUAGUUGAUCCAAAUGGAGAUGGGGAUUUUCAAUCUGUUCAAGCAGCAAUUGAUCAUGUUCCUGGAGGGAAUUCCAAUUGGAUGGUCAUACAUGUCAAAAAAGGCGUUUACAGAGAACAGGUGCACAUACCACCCAACAAGCCCUACAUAUUCAUGAGAGGAAGUGGAAGAGGGAAGAGCGUGAUUGCGUGGUCUCACAGUUCAGGUGACGCUAAUAGCUCUGCCACUUUCAGGGCUGAAGCUCCUCACUUCAUUGCCUAUGGCAUUAGCUUCAAGAAUGGAGCUCCCCUAGGGAUGGCUCAAACCUCACAAAACCAAUCAUCAGUUGCAGCAGUGGUAGCAGCAGACAAGGCAGCCUUCUACAGCUGUGGAUUCUUAAGCUCACACAACACUCUCUUUGACUACAAAGGCAGACACUACUACAAUCACUGCUACAUUCAGGGCUCCACAGAUUCCAUUUUUGGCCGAGGACUAUCCAUGUUUCAUGGCUGUGAGAUCUUUGUGGUUGCAGACAAGAGAGCAGAGGUGCAUAGCUCUGUGACAGCACAACAUAGGGAUAGUGCAAAAGAGAAGAGUGGAUUUGUGUUCUUGAAUGGGAAGGUGUAUGGGGUUGGAGAUGUGUACUUGGGGAGAGCUAAAGGGGCUUAUUCCAGGGUGGUUUUUGCAAAUACAUAUUUGUCCAGGACUGUCAUUUCCAAGGGUUGGACUAACUGGAGCCACACAGGGCAUACAAAACAUUUGCACCACGCGGAGUACAAGUGUCACGGACCGGGUUCAGCCACAAAAGAUCGUGCCCAUUGGUCGAAGCAGCUGAGUGAAGAAGAAGCCGCAGCUUUCCUAUCUAUCGGCUUCAUUCAAGGCUCGGAGUGGCUCCCAGCGUGGCUAUAACUUCACCCCAACUUUAACUGGGGUAGGGGGCCCUUGGAAUUUGAGAUUUAAUAUUUUUGGAAAGAAAGACGGAGAAUUAAGAAAUAGAUUUGGGGGAAUAGAAUUUAUGAAAUAGAAUAGAGUUAUUGUAAACUGUGAAGUGCAUUGGUAGUUCUAAUGAUGAUGCCUCCAGUAGUUGCUCCUUGAACAUAGUUACAUAGGAACUAUGCAAUGCAAGUUAAAGAUAGGAAUACAAAAUGAUCGAAUA